UAUUAACUCAAAGCAAACAAUUUGGAUAAUUUCGAAGCCGAAAAAAUCUCGUAGCAUUGAUAUUAUUGGAAAUACACAAUGAAGGACGAAAAUAAUCAAAGUCCCGAUGAAACUCCUCCCGAAAAUCACGAGGAUCAUGGUGAGGAGGCGAGUCCGGUACAUCCUGUACCGACGAAACCCUCAAAGCCGCAUUUUAGCAUUCUAACAGAAAGGAAACAAUCUUCAGCUGAUUCAUCGGAAACGGAUGGAAGCCCUGUACAUGUGGUAGCAAGAGUUCGUCCCCUGAAUCCACAAGAAACUGCAAGAAAAGAUCAAGAAUCGAUUGAAUUUCCUGGAAAUGGAGGAAUGUUUGUUGAAAGUCAAGCAGGACAAAAGAAAUCAUUUGCAUUCAACGCAGUUUUUGAAACACUUUCCACACAGAAAGAAGUUUUUGGAAAUUGUGAUAUUCAGAAACUUCUAGACAUGGCAAUAAGAGGAUAUGCUUGCACUGCUUUCGCAUUUGGACAAACAGGAUCUGGGAAAUCCUACACAAUGACAGGACCUGUUACACCAGAGGAGACAAGCAAACAACAUGACGCAGAUUCACUGAGACACCCAGACAACUAUGGAUUAAUGCAAUAUAGCUUUGCUUACUUGAUACAAGAAGCAUUUCAGAAGAAUGAUGCCUUUACAAUGAGAGCUUCGUACAUGGAAAUUUAUAAUGAACAGGUGCAAGAUUUACUGAAUCCGUACGGAUAUGACAUUGUACAAAUGCGCUGGUCAAAAAGCUCGGGAUUUUACGUCGAGAAUCUUGUUGUUCGAGAGAUCGAGACGUUGGACGAACUUAUGACUGUUCUAGAAGACGGGAUGAAGAAUCGAUCAGUGGCUGCUCACAAUAUGAACGAACAUUCAAGCAGGAGUCACAGUAUACUGACUGUACAUAUUGAUAGUGAAGUGAUUGAAGAAGGCAUCUCAGUGACUAAACGAGGCAAAAUAUCGUUCGUGGAUCUUGCGGGGAGUGAAAAAGUGAAGGAGACUGGUUCAACUGGGGACACAUUGACUGAGGCUACGAACAUAAACAGAAGUUUGCUGACUUUAGGCAAUUGUAUCUCUGCAUUAAGUGACAGUAAGAAACGUACUGGACAUAUUCCAUUCAGAGAUAGCAAGCUGACCAAACUACUCGCAGACAGUCUCGGAGGAAGCGGGGCUACGUUGAUGAUCGCCUGUGUGUCCCCUUCUUCACAAAACGUCAGCGAGACCCUGAACACACUUCGAUAUGCAAAACGAGCAAAGAAGAUCAAAAACAAACCAGUGGUACGCAUGGACCCAAGAGAAGCCUUAAUUCUCAAACUUCAACGCGACAUGAACUUGAUCAAAGAAGAAAACGUGUUUCUGAGGCGUCAACUACAAUUCCCACACAGAGAUAAACCAAAAUACCCGAGACCUGGAACAAUGGAACAAGCAGAAGGCCAACAACUCCAACAAUUUCUGCCACAAAUACAACAGCAACAAAGAAUGAACGAAAAACCAAUGGAUCGUCCAACAACGGAGAACAGUUUAUAUGGAAUGUUACAGGAAUACAUGGUAGAAAAUGAAGCAUUACGGAACGAAAACCAAAGUUUAAUGACCCAACAUUCUAACGAUGAAAAAGAUUUCCGGAUUCUGUCGAGAGAAAAUGACAGAUUGAGUGAGAAGUUCGAGCAUUUGCAGAGGCUCUUCCUAUCUAGUCCGAUGGUUACAAACGGACACAGUCGUACCAACUCCGGAUACUCUCACCUAUCCCUCUAUUCAUUUGACUCUUCACUGACCCCUAUCUCCCAAACCUUGGGACACAGUCACCCAGUUUUUGGGCCCAGUGGAACAAAUUACCCCAAUUAUGCUAUAAACAAUCCUCGUCACCAUGGAAACCCAAAGAAUCCCCCCAAUUAUGGCCCUCAAGUGUCCCAACACCCCUUUCAGGCAGCACCUGGGUGGGAGGAGAGAGAAAAAGAGUUACCCCCACUAAAAAGAUCCCCUCCCCAGCCUAGAAGACAACCCAACGGUUAUGGGAGACACCCUGGAAUACAAGCACAAGAAACCAACCAAUCUAAAUGGGAAAAAGGUCGUUCUUAUGCAAGACAGAUGCAGGAUAAAAAGGCUUGGUAUCGGAUUAACAAUCUCCAUGGAAACAAUGAUGUCACAAAGAAAGUAUCUAAGCAACGUAAUGAUGUCAUGAGUGACUUUCCACUCCGAGACCUAACCCAGCCCCGACAACAACAAGACGCAUUACAUGGACAAGUUAGGGAAUCCCCACCUGGGAGGGAACUCCCCAAAAACAUCUCCCCAGUGGGGCAACACCCCUUACACCGACAUGACAUUCACCCAAGACGUGAACCACUAAGAGCGAGUCACCCACAGGGGACAGGCGGGGCCCUUCCUCAAGAUGCCUACAGAACAAGAGACCUCAGUCCUAGAUCAAGUACGAAAGAACUCAGUGCAACCUCGCUCAGAAGAAUGAACAACAAAAUGCGACAGGAGAUGAGAGCAUUGGAUGACCAGAUCCAUUAUGAGAGAAGAAUACACAAAACAAUACCAUCAUCAUGACAUAAUAAUGAUGAACGGUGAUGUCAUAAACUAAUCUACAAUUCACUGUGACUUCAUAAUAUCAAACGUGCUCGUUUUAAAGACACACAUUUGCCUUAAUACCAGAAAACAAAUGUGCCGCUUAGAGCGCCAUUACAUACCAACUAUGAAACUGAAUCGCUACCAAGUAUAGCAAAACAUAACAGCCUUGAGUUGAUUCCGCAAUUUGCUUUUUAACAAAAUUUCCAUGUCAUAAAUUUUUUCUAAAAACUUCCAUUUUUUUGGAAUUCUCCUUCAAUCUAUUUUCCUCACAGUCUUGAUUUCAAGUCCUAUGCCCCAGUAUUCUGCGCUAACAACAAUGGCCAAUCCCUCAUAGCUGGUUACCGUAUUAUACGGACCAUGAGGCUCAUCGAGCAAAAAGACGCAACCGGUACUGUAUUGAGUGUAGAAAAUAAAGCAUAAAGCACUACCAUUAGGCGCACCUACUUAUAAGGUACGAUCAUUUUUUGAGAGAAAAAGAUUUAAAGUGCGAUUAAAUCUGUCCGUAAAAUGUUACUUAGAAUUCCUCAUUUUAAAACACUAUUUUCUCAAUAAGUGAUAGCUCAUGACUUUGUUUUGAGAACAUUUCACCAUUUGGUGCAACCAGAAUUAAAUGAAUGUAAGCCACCCUACCCUUUAUAGAACUGAUAAUCACAAUACAGCAACGAGAAUAUCGGUUGGAAACCGAAGACUUAUCGAUCGAUAGUUAGGGGACCCCCCAAAACUGAAACUGCAGUUUCGAUUCAUCCGCUCUUGUAACUUGCGCACUGCG